CCCAGACACGGCCAGCCGGCUAUCCUGCGGCAGCCAUUUGGACUGGAGCUACUGACGACGUCCGGCAAACGGAGCCUCUGCCCCGUACUACUUCGUCGAGUGCAAGCAGGAAGAGACAAACCGAUAAGGUCCUUUUCGUAAAAGAGCAUAUACUUGUAGAGAGCACUAGAGCAUCCAGAUUUGAAGCAGUCAGGAAUGUCCCUGCCAAGUCGACAAACAGCUAUUGUUAACCCGCCUCCACCAGAAUACAUCAAUACUAAGAAAAAUGGGCGGCUGACAAAUCAACUGCAGUAUCUACAAAAAGUUGUCCUGAAGGCGUUAUGGAAACAUGGCUUUUCCUGGCCUUUUCAACAGCCUGUGGAUGCUGUGAAACUGAAUUUACCUGAUUAUUAUACCAUUAUUAAAAACCCAAUGGAUUUGAAUACAAUUAAGAAACGAUUGGAGAAUAAAUACUACGUGAAGGCUUCGGAAUGUAUAGAAGACUUCAAUGUAAUGUUCUCAAAUUGUUAUUUGUACAAUAAGCCUGGAGAUGAUGUUGUUCUCAUGGCACAAGCUCUGGAGAAGUUGUUUGUGCAGAAAUUAUCUCAGAUGCCACAAGAAGAGCAAGUUGUGGGCAAAGAAAGAAUAAAGAAAGGUAAGUGAGGAGAGUUAAAUCAUAAUGCAUCAGUUUCUUCUGUUAAAGGAAAACCCUCCCCCAAAGCAACAGAAAUUUUAUUUAAGCAGCAAGAGAUUUCCUCUGUACUUUCUGAGAAAUCCAUCUUUCCUUUAAACAUGGCACAAGGAGCUCAGCUCUACUCUAGCUCACAAACUGUGGUCCAGGCUACCAGAGGUGUGAAGAGAAAAGCAGAUACAACAACUCCUACAACCUCUGUAGUUAAAGGAAAUAAUGAAUCUUCUACACCACCUGUGGAAAAAAAACAAGCCAGAAUGCCACCAGUAAAAGAAAAUGAAUUGAAAAAUGUUUUGCCGGAUUCUCAGCAGCACUGUAAAAUGGGAAAGAGGAUCAAAGUAACUGAACAACUAAAACACUGCAAUGAAAUUCUUAAAGAAAUGCUUUCCAAGAAACAUUUUUCAUAUGCAUGGCCCUUUUAUAAUCCUGUUGAUGUUAAUGCUCUGGGAUUACAUAACUACUAUGACAUUGUCAAAAAUCCAAUGGAUCUUGGAACUAUUAAGAAAAAAAUGGACAACCAAGAAUAUAAGGAUGCAUAUGAAUUUGCUGCAGAUGUAAGAUUAAUGUUCAUGAAUUGCUACAAAUACAAUUCUCCAGAUAAUGAAGUAGUGGCAAUGGCUAGAAUGCUUCAGGAUGUUUUUGAAAUGCAUUUUGCCAAAAUUCCUGAUGAACCUAUUGAGAGCACUCCUGUAUGUAACAUCACAACAGGCACUACAAAAACCCUUAGUAAAGAAAGCAGUGGUGAAGCUUCCUCUGAAGAUAACUCUUCAGAUGAUUCUGAAGAUGAACAAGUUAAGCGUCUUGCAAAGCUUCAGGAGCAGCUUAAAGCUGUUCACCAACAACUACAGGCUUUGUCCCAAGUACCUUUCCAUAAGCUAAAGAAAAAAAAUGAGAAGACUAAAAGAAGGAAAAAAAGAGAAACUAUUAAUAACAAAGAUGAAAACCCAAGGAAAAAUUUUCAACUAAAGGAAAAGUCCAACAACAAUCAACCAAAGAAGAGGAAGCAAGAGGUCUUUACUUCUAAAUCUGAAGAUGAAGAUAAUGCCAAGCCUAUGAACUAUGAUGAGAAAAGGCAGUUGAGUUUGGAUAUAAACAAACUCCCGGGAGAUAAACUGGGCCGAGUAGUUCAUAUAAUACAAUCAAGAGAACCCUCACUGCAAAGUUCCAAUCCUGACGAGGUGGAGAUAGACUUUGAAACACUGAAACCAUCAACACUGAGAGAACUAGAAAAAUACGUUGCAACAUGUCUAAGAAAAAGACCACUAAAACCCCAUGAUAAGAAAGUAAUGAAGUCCAAAGAAGAAAUUCAUUCCCAGAAGAAACAAGAGCUAGAAAAGCGGUUACUGGAGGUCAACAAUCAGUUAAAUUAUGGAAAACGUCAAGCAAAAUCUGAGAAGCCACAGUCAUCCACAGCGGUUGGAAUUGGAUCCCGCUUGAGUGAAAGCAGCAGUAGCAGCAGCAGCAGCAGCAGUAGCAGCAGCAGCAGCAGCAGCAGCAGCAGUAGCAGCAGCAGUAGCUCUGCUGGGUCUGAAAGCAGCAGCAGUGAUUCCAGCUCUUCUGACAGCAGUGACUCAGAACCAGAAAUAUCUUCUAAACUUACUGGAAUAAAGCACAGUGAUUCAUCUCCUAAUGAGAAUAUAAAGAUUCAGUCUUCCAUGCAAGACAAGCCCUCUGCUAAAACUGCCUCUGUUCACCAGACUGCACAUUUAUGUGGAAUGCCACUGAAUCACAAGUUAGCAUUCAGUCCUCAAGAAUCAGAAAGUGUACAGACUAUAAAAAAUAUACCUGUACAAAUGCAACUUCCUUCAGGUGAUUCCAAGCAACUCUCCAAUGGCCCAACUGUGAUGUGUCCAUCUGUUAAUAAUGAUACAGUGGUGUUAGAAUCUGAACAUCAGGUUCCUGUGCAGAAGGAUAUAAAGAUUAAGAAUGUGGACUCUUGGAAAAGUCUAGGCAAACCGGUGAAAACAUCAGGCACUCUGAAAUCUUCAGAUCAGCUCUUUAACCAAUUUCGAAAAGUGGCAAUAGAAAAAGAAGUGAAAGCUCGAACACAAGAAUUAAUAAGGAAACAUCUGGAGCAAAAUGCAAAGGAACCAAAAGUGUCUCAAGAAAAUCAAAGGGACCUUGGAAACAGAUUUACUCUAGAAUUUCUUUCAAACCAACUGCAAAACAAAUGCCUUGGAGAAAAGCAAAAAGAAUAUCAGCAGCCACUAGAAGAAGCUCAAGAUAAACGCAAGCUCUGGCUUCUCAAAGACCGAAAUUUAGCAAGGGAGAAAGAGCAAGAGAGGAGGAGGAGAGAAGCAAUGGCGGGUACCAUCGAUAUGACUCUUCAAAGCGACAUUAUGACAAUGUUUGAAAACAACUUUGAUUGAAACUAAGCUUUUAAAUUAACCAUCAUCUUUAAAUGAGUGAUAUGAAAGAUUAAAAUGCAUAUGGUAAAAUGAUUGCUUUCAAAACUGAA